AUGGGCAAGCUUCAGACCUGGAGCCAAAAACAUCUCGACUCCCGGAUAACAGGACCUGCUGGCGGCUCUGUCGACGAGGAGCAGGUCUUCGUCUCCAGCGAACGAGGAGUCCAAGAUAGGCUGGAAGGACGAGAUGAGCUAUUUUGGGCGCCGCUUCGAAAAAAAACAGCAGCGGGACCUUGUGAUGGGAGCGAACCGUGGGAGUAUCUUGCCAUCGCACUUGUCGAGUCGUCGUCACUAAGCAUUGACGAGAUCCGUGAUAAAAUAUAUGGUUUAGUUAAACUCAAGGAUGGAGCGCAACGUUUUCUCGCCACAAUGCCACUUGCCGAGGCGAUAAUGAAAAAUGACAAUGUGGCUAGACAUCGCCAUAGGUUCUUUGAAACUGCUAGAAGGUUUCGCAAUCGCUUGGGAUCGUUGUCCCCUAGAGGAGACCUCCGGGGUGUCUUGCCGCCAUAUCGUGGCUACUCGGGACAAUCCGACUUUGUCAUGAAGACGAGUUCGGACGUAGCCAAGAUAGUGGGAGAGGGCAAGACGCCUUGGAUCGACGAGCAUGACCUGUCGGCACCCGGAUGA